ACAGAAACUCACCUAAUUUGUACUCGAGGUCGCGUGGUUGUUAAUCUAUCGUCCGGUAACGUCGAAAAAAGCAGUGUGCAGCCGUUCAAGUUGUGAAAUUCUACUGGGACUUUAGCAAUACUGUGUUACGAGCAAGCAAGUUAAACGCGGAUUGAACAGCUGAUGCUUCGUUGAGACCGGCGAAAUGUCAAAGUCUAGGCAAAUUACUUUACGUGUGCAAUGUUCAGAAGGAACAAAACGUAUAGAUGUAAAUUUGUUUGACACAAUUUCUCAACUUUACGAUAAGGUUUCUAAAGCCUUUGAAUUGAAUACUAAUGGAUUUGGACUCUAUAAGGAACGGAAUCAUAAAAAUGAACUUCCAUUUUCUCAUAAUAAAACAGUUUCAGGAGUACGCCUUUCUCAUGGAGAUAUGUUGUAUCUGGCUCCUCAGAGUAGUACACAGUUGUGGAGUAUUCCUUCAACUAGUACUGCCACCAUUGAUAUUUCUCAAGAACCAAGACCAAUAGACGAAACAGAAACCAUCAAUCAUACUAUCAAUGCUGUUUCAAAUACAAUGGAAGAUGUUGAUGAACAAUUGUGGAAACUUGAUGGUAAAAUACAAAGAAAACGUGAUGAGAAACUAUGUAGACAUGGUGCAAAUGGAUGCUGUGUUCAUUGUACUCCUCUAGAACCUUUUGAUGAAACUUACCUUAAGGAACAAAAUAUAAAACACUUGUCUUUUCAUUCGUAUCUCAGGAAACUCACUGCUGGUGUUGAUAGAGGGAAGUUUAUACAAUUAGAUGACAUAAACUGCCGUAUAAAGACUGGUUGUAAAGAUCAUCCACCUUGGCCACGAGGCAUAUGUAGCAAAUGCCAACCAAGUUCUAUCACUUUAAAUCGUCAAACUUAUCGUCACGUAGAUAAUGUUAUGUUUGAAAAUCCAAGUUUAGUUGAACGUUUUCUCAAUUAUUGGCGUAGCACUGGUCAUCAACGUAUUGGAUUUUUAUAUGGAAGAUACGAAAUACAUACAGACGUACCAUUAGGAAUUAGAGCUGUUGUUGCAGCUAUUUAUGAGCCACCACAGGAAAGUACAAAAAAUUCUAUACGACUUUUACCAGAUGAAAAAGAAGCAGUAGUCGAUGAAUUGGCUCAUUUACUUAAUUUAAAAAGAGUUGGAUGGAUUUUUACUGAUCUUAUAGCUGAUGAUAUCAAGAAAGGAACGGUGAAACACGUUCGAAAUAUAGAAAGUCACUUUUUGUCUGCUCAAGAGUGUAUUAUGGCUGGGUAUUUUCAAAACAAAUAUCCAAAUCUUUGUCGUUUUUCUCCUAAUAAUUAUUUUGGUUCAAAGUUUGUUACUGUUUGUGUUACUGGCGAUGAGAAAAAUCAAAUUCACAUGGAGGGUUAUCAAGUGUCCAAUCAAUGCAUGGCUUUGGUUCGAGAUGGUUGCCUGGUUCCUACAAAAGAUGCUCCAGAAUUGGGCUAUGUAAUUGAAUCAUCAGACAAACAAUAUGUUCCAGAUGUCUUCUACAAGGUGAGUACGUUUUAUUUGAACAUGUCCGAUCAAUUUUCUUGCUUGAAAUUAAAAUGGCAAUGUAGCUUUAAAAUUGAUUGUGAAUGUGCAUAUUGUGAUGAAAAUAUGACAUUGCUGAAUUAUGUCUUACAUGCUAAUAGUAUUAAGGAAGGUAAAGGUAUGCAUAAAGUAUACACGAAUGAAAGAGAAACAGUUUAUAACUCAAAAUUGAUUGAUUAAAAAUACAUUUAAAUCGGACAACGAACCUCAUUUCGUACAUGUAUAAUGAAAUAACAAAAACUGUUUAAGCAAGUGCACUACGGAUAUGCAUUCCCGUAGGCCGUAAACAAAAUGAUCUCAAUUUUUGUAUGUAAUGAUGAUUACGCCUUAACUUAAAACGAGGAACAGAAAAAGAAAAGGAGACGGGAAAGAGAGAAAAAAAAAUAAUAGAUAGAAAGAAAAAAACGAGAGAAAAACUUAUCGAAAAAUUAUAGCCGCUCAACCGUUUAAUUCGAACGCGAGGGGCAAGGUAAAUCGUCGGUUGUUAGAAUCGAUAUUACAAGCUAUGCGUUGUUACCUCAUCACGUUCAUAAAAAUAUAUGUAGUAUAUAUAUAUAUAUGUUUAUAUAUAUAUACGCGCGCGCGUGGAUAUUUUGUGUAUACAGGUGGGCUUCUAGCUUCACUCGCUUCGGUAAACACAUGAAUUUAUACGCAUCUAGAUUUAAAAGUGUCGACUGACGUUUUCCGGUUUUUUGUUUUUUUUU